AAAUGCCUCUCAAACUCACCCUAAUAUGUUCUUUCGCGAGUAUUCAUUACCUGUGGGUAAAUUGUCAUCCCUAAUUGUGCCACUUAAAAUGUCCUAUUUUCCUUUAUGAAAAAAAAAAAGAAAGAAAGAAGAAAACUGAGAAGUUCAUAAUUUUCCACAAUUCUGCACCAAGCCAAACGCCCCCUUACAACGAUUACCCCCAAAUCAAUUUCCCCGAGUCCGACGAUCUGAGCCCUAAUUCCGCAGCGAUGAGCAGCAGCGACGUGGAGGCGGGCUUCGCGAAGCUGCAAGGCGAGGAUUUCGAGUACUACAUGCAGACCUACUCGAUUAUCCUCGGCCGCAACUCCAAGAAAUCGUCCGUGGACGUCGACCUCUCGUCGCUCGGCGGCGGGAUGAACAUCAGCCGCCACCACGCCCGCAUCUUCUACGACUUCCAGCGCCGCCGCUUCGCCCUCGAGGUGCUCGGUAAGAACGGCUGCUUCGUCGAAGGCGUCCUCCACCUCCCCGGCAACCCGCCGGUGAAGCUCGACUCCCAAGACCUUCUGCAAAUCGGCGAUAAGGAAUUCUACUUCCUGCUGCCGGUCAGGAGCAUUCUCGGGGGGCCGAUCGGCCCCCGCCACCACACGCCGAACUUUCCGAUUGGGGGGCCGGCGGCGGCUGCGCAGCAUCAUUUGGGGCUGCCGCCGCCUCCCGUAGGUGGUGGUGUAGGGUUUGGGAAGAAGGGGAGAGGAAGAGGGGAGUAUUACGAGGACGAAUAUAACGAGGAGGAUGGUGGCGGCGGAGGGGAGGAGGGCUCAUCGGGAGGGAAGCGAAUGAGGCGGAUUGACGGCGGCAUUGAUGGCUCUGGUGGCGGCGGAUACAGUUAUGGCUCCGGCGGGAAAGCCGGGGGAUCAGGGCAACUGGAUAAAAAGAGUGAUGGAAGACCACGUAUCGACAGGGAAGCAGACAACCAGCAGCUCCUUCAGUUGGAGGAGAAGGAUGUCGUGUCAUCAGUGGCGACGGUCUUGUCUGAUUUAUGUGGCCCUGGGGAUUGGAUGCCGAUGGAGAAGCUUCACACAGAGUUGGUGGAGCAAUUUGGCAAUAUCUGGCAUCAUAGCCGCGUGAGGAAGUACCUUACGGCCGAGGACGUUUCCACCCCGGAAGCCAAGGGAAAACCGUGGCAUGGAAUGCUCAUGUUGUUGCGGAAGUAUCCGGAGCACUUCGUGAUCAACACUAGAUCAAAGGGGCGCGUGGCACAGGAGUUCGUCUCGCUUGUCUCGUUGCUCUCCUGAGAGGGCUACCUAGGAUGUGGCAAAGACUAAUGAGGUGAAUCUGGCAUUCUGGAUUCUACAUUUUGUCUUGCCUUAGGCUGCAUUUUGUGUAUGGAUGAUUAAUUUUAUGAAAAUUUAUUCAUUCCUAGUUAGUUUCGAACAUGUCAUUGUCUGUAAAUUUUCUUGUAGCAAAUCUAAAUUUCAUUGGCCAGGAGAGCAAAGAAACUAACGAGCAUGUUUAACGCCAAAAAUGUAUGAUGUCGAAAUUUCGAAUUAUAUGAAGAUUGAAUCUUAUUAGGUUUGAUUGCCUAAUAAA